UGGUUGUUGUCGAAAUACGGUCACCUUGGCUGACAGGCGAGGAAAAUUAUUUAUAUUUUAGAAUCCACGACGCUUCGCAUACAAAAAUUGACGAAUUAUUAUAGUUACGCAGCAAUUUUAAACGCAUCGGCGUACUAAUGACCAAGUGUGGCUCUAAACAACCCAAAAUUAUGUGUUAUUUGUGUUCAAAUGGUUACGCAGCAACCAAUUCACACAUAAAAAUAUAGUCGGGCACCGCGGCCAUCAACAAAAAACGAAAACCACGGAUGAAAUUUGCUUGCGCAAACGGCAAUACUGCAUGCUGAAAAUUAAAAACGUGCAAAUUAUAUCGAGUAGCCGCACAUAAGAAUGCGCUUACAAUUUCUAGUGUAAUUAUUAAAAAACGCAGCAAAAUUUGCUGCCGCUGCUUUGCGGUGGUGGUGCAGAAAGAACAUUAAAUCGGUGGCAAGAAGAAGAGCCAGUAAGUGAGAAAAUUGUAAUUAAAAAAGAAAACGAAAGGAUAAUCAGCGUUGUGUCUAACAAAAUCAAUUAAUCAUAUCAAAUAAAAAAAAAACACAAAACGGUUAAUUAUUGCAACGUGCAGCCCAUAUCGCAUAUUGUGUUAUUUGUGGUGCAGGUGCUGCUGCUUGGCGCUACGCUGCUCAGAGACGCUGCCAACGCUGACGACAUGCGCGCGUAGAGUUGCCAGCUCUGAAAUUGCCAAGGUAGUCGCAUUUGUGGCGGCUUCUGUCCUCACAGAGGUUUAUUUUUUGGACACUUUUCUCAUUGGGAUGCAGUGGUUGGCAGCCCCGCUCGGCUAAAGGAAGUAAAAAUCGAGAGCCGCAUUUCCAAUCAAUUUGUAUUUUGAAUAAACGCGUCGUGAUCCCGCGGAUCGACGACGCCAUUAGAUAGAAAUUUUCGUUCGCCCCGUAGUUAAAGAAAAGCUGCCACCAUUCGGAAGAAAAACACCUCGAAUAUGACCCACAAUAUCGGUAUGGCGCCAUAUCGUUUGCCGGGUCCAGCGGGCGGUCUCUGUCCGCCUGAUUUUAAGCCGCCGCCACCGACGGAUAUCAUCUCGGCGCCGAGUAAUCCGAAAAAACGACGGAAAACAUCAAAUGCGGCCAAUUCGGCGGCGGCAGCUGCUGCAGCGGCGGCAGCUGCGGCGGCUGCCGCUGCCAAUUCGAUGCAACAACAACAAUCGGCGCCGCCAACACCGCAGGAUUUAUUGCCACCGCCGCCGAUGGGCGGUUUUGGUGAUACAAUCGUCGCCUCCAAUCCGUUCGAUGAUAGCCCCCAGGUAUCUGCCAUGUCCAGCUCAGCAGCCGCUGCCAUGGCGGCUAUGAAUCAAAUGGGUGGCGCCGGCGGACCCGGCGGCCAUUUUGGCCCGCACCCGCAUUGGGAGGAGCGCAUGGGCAUGGGCAUGCAUCCGCAUAUGCAUCCACAUCCGCAUCAUCCUAGCGCCGGCGGUGGACCCAUGGGCCAUGGGCCACACGGACCACAUCAUAUGGGUGGGCCGCCACCCAUGCGCGGCAUGAGCCCUUUGGGACCUGGCGUGAGCCCUUUAGGACCUGGCGUGCAUCCGCAUGGCAUGGGACCCGGCGUUGGACUGCCGCCGCAUAUGAAUCAUGGUCGAGCCGGCGGAGUACCCAUGGGCAGUCCAAUGGGCGCAAUGGCUGGCAUGGGCGGCAUGAGUCCGAUGGGCAACAUGGGAGGACCAAGCAUAUCCCCACAUCAUAUGGGUAUGGGCGGACUAUCACCCAUGGGCGGUCCCAACGGGCCUAAUCCGCGUGCAAUGCAGGGAUCGCCCAUGGGCGGUGCUGGUGGACCGAUGCCCGGACAGAAUUCGCCAAUGAACUCGCUGCCAAUGGGCUCACCCAUGGGCAAUCAAAUUGGCAGUCCACUGGGUCCAGGACCUGGGCCCGGGCCGGGCCAACAGCAACCAGGAACCCAACAGCAGCAGCAGCCACAAAACCCGCAACAGACGCACAUGAACAAUGGACAAAUGGGUCCGCCGCCCCUGCACAGUCCGCUGGGCAAUGGGCCAACAAAUCACAGUCACAUGUCCGGUGGACCAGGUCCAGGUCCGGGUCCUGGGCCGGGCGGUUUAGUUGGGCCCGGUGGCAUGUCGCCAGCCAACAGCAACAACAACAAUAAUAACAGCAGCAACAUGAUGGGUGGCAAUUCGGCCAACAACAACAAUAGCAAUAAUAAUAAUAAUAACAAUAACAACAAUGGCAACAAUCCCAACAAUAGCAACAACAAUCAAAAUCCUCAUCCACAUCUGUCGCCAGCGGCGGCAGGUGGCCGUUUGGGCGGUGUGCCCAAUGCAAUGCAAUCGAACGGUCCAAUGCCAGUGGCGUCAUCAGCAGCAUCCACAGCGGCGACGACGACGUCAACGUCGGUAACAGCGACCACAUCAGUGCCUACGUCCUCACCAGCGCCGCCCGCCAUGUCACCGCAUCAUGCGUUAAACAGCGCCGGUCCCAGUCCGGGCAUGCCCAAUUCUGGGCCCAGUCCGUUG